UGGGCACAGAGUACAGGACACAUCACUCUCUGACAUCAACGACUGAACAGGGGGGAAACAAGUCCUUGCAAUUAGUGAAAUUAAGCCCUUCUCACCACAAUGCACUGCUUGAAGGGUCUGAGGACAACCAACCCGGGAGUGUUGCAGCUGUUUAAACAUGCAGUUGUCUCCGCCAGAGUUGGGGCUGACAUGUCCAGGAGUCAGCAGCAAGCUGGUCCUGUCUGCAGGGGGUCAGCAUCACCCCACUCCCACAGAGCCCUGCAUCAGCACCUGGGUCCUCCUGGUGGGGAACAAAAGUCCAAGUCCAACAGUUCGCCGAAGUCCAGUGUGGUCGACUUACUUUUUUACACCAUCACUGAUGGCAAGGAAACAAUCCCCCUCUCCCAGUUCAUCACUGCAUUAAAGAAAACAGGGUUGUUACUAUCUGACCCUCGGCUGCAGGACUGCGUCCGUCAACUGCGACAAUCCACGCUUGACUCUGUUGGAACCGUCAUGAUGGACAGGAAGCUCUUUAGAAGGUGUGUGGGCAACAACAUCGUCUUGUUGACAAAGGCUUUCAAAAAACACUUCAUCAUCCCCGGCUUUGAAGACUUCACCCACCUGAUCAAGAAGAUCUAUGCCAGCGCACAUUCACAAGAGGGAGGACACGUAGCUGAUUACAUUCCUCAACUGGCCAAGUUUAGCCCUGAUCUCUGGGGUGUAUCUUUGUGCACAAUCGAUGGCCAGAGAUUCUCAGUGGGCGACACCAAGAUCCCCUUCUGCCUGCAGUCGUGUGUGAAGCCUCUGGAGUACGCCAUCGCCGUGCACGAGCUCGGCAGCGACCAUGUUCAUCACCUUGUGGGCAAAGAGCCCAGUGGGUUCAAGUUCAAUAAACUGCAACUCAGUGAUGAAGAUAAACCCCACAACCCCAUGGUGAACGCCGGAGCUAUCGUCAUCAGUUCUUUAAUCAAGCCAAAUUCAAAUAAAGCUGAGAGGUUUGACUCUGUGAUGGAGUACUUAAAAAGAAUGUCUGGUUCAGAGUAUGUGGGAUUCAGCAAUGCAACGUUCCAGUCAGAAAGGGAGACAGGUGAUAGAAAUUACGCAAUUGGUUAUUAUCUAAAAGAGAAAAAGUGCUUUCCUGACAAUGCAGAUAUGAUUGCAGCCCUUGACUUCUACUUUCAGCUGUGCUCCAUAGAGGUGACCUGUGAGUCAGGAAGCGUCAUGGCUGCCACACUGGCCAAUGGGGGCAUUUGUCCAAUCACGGGCGACCGCGUGCUGAGUGCUGAGGCCGUUCGCAACACCCUGAGUCUCAUGCAUUCCUGUGGCAUGUAUGACUUUUCUGGACAGUUUGCCUUCCAUGUGGGGCUUCCAGCCAAAUCUGGAGUUUCAGGUGCCGUACUGCUGGUGGUUCCCAACGUCAUGGGCAUGAUGUGCUGGUCCCCACCACUAGACAGACUUGGAAACAGUGUGCGUGGCAUUCACUUCUGUCAGGAGCUUGUGUCAAACUUCAACUUCCACAACUACGACAACCUGAGGCACUUCACUAAGAAACAUGAUCCCAGGAGUCGAACAGAAGACGACCCGAACAAGUCAGUGGUAAACCUCUUGUUUGCUGCAUACAGCGGUGACAUCACUGCUCUGAGGAGGUUUGCCCUUUCAGCGGUGAACAUGGAGGAGAGGGACUAUGACUCCCGCACGGCGCUCCACAUUGCUGCUGCAGAAGGCCACGAGGAAGCUGUAUUAUUCCUGAUCGAAAUUUGCAAAGUAAAUCCCAACAUGAAAGACAGAUGGGGCAACACACCCAUAGAUGACGCCAUGCAGUUUGGCCAUGACGUUAUUGUUUCAAUCCUGCAAAAGUACCAGUGUGUGUACAAUGACAGUGACUCACCGAACAACAUAGAGGAGCAGAAGACCACACUGGACACCAUGAAGAGCACUCUGUAAACGUGCAGGAUCACGAUGGUCUGUGAAGCAAAUCUAUUUUAUUUUGUAAAUGAGAGGCGUGAAAGGACCCAGGAUGAGUGAGGAAACGGAUGAAUGUGUGAGCUUUUGUUUUGAAUUUGGUGAAAGUGUUAGUAUCUUCCUUUUAAACUGUUAAAAUAUAUAUAUAUAUAUAUAUAUCUAUAUAUAUUUUGCAGGCUGAAGAUUUUGGUCAGUCAGUUAUUGUAUAGUAAUGUGUUGCAUAUGUAAAGAUAUAUUUCAGACGCCAUGAUAUGGCUUUUGUGUGUAAAGGCUGCUGAGAUGUAAAUAUCUAAUAUACUAUAUUUGUAACAUAUUGAAAAGUUUAAUGUUUGAGUUUAUUAUCCAUCCAUUUUCUGCUGCUUUGAGUUUGAGUUGAGUUUAUUAGUAGCUCUUUAAUCACAGAAAGUUGACAAAUCCUGUGGAAAAAGAUAUUCUUCCCCGAGCUACUUUCUUAGUCCGUCGACCUCAAGAGGUGGUGAUUUAGUUUACUUGGGUUGAUAAAACUAGAUGGACUGUUUGUGUCGUGCAGAAAGAUGCGUGUUUAGACCACUUCCCUGUUAUGGGCUUUAUAGGAAACAUGACAGGACUGGUCUUGCAUAUGCUUGUGAGCAUGUCCCCUCUAGUGUUCAGGUUUCUGAACGUUUUCAAUCAUUGCACUUUUAACUCUGUCACCAUCUGCUACCAUUUUUUUACCCACACACGUGCUUUUAAAACCUGUAGAAACCCAGUAUAAGACCUUAACCAGGCUUUGAAACCCGAGUGCCUUCAUGUAAACUAAAUUGUAAUAUAAUAAAUGUAAUAUUCUAAGCUUUCAUGAUCUCGAAUGACUGUAUUGAGUUUUCUUUCAUUAAAGCGAUGGAUCAUUCCUCCGAAAGAAUCAUUACGCUGUAAAUAAAAGAAAUGUAA